GAUCAGAUGCUCCAAAUGAGGAGGACGCAGAUGGACAGCUUAGUGCAGCCUCUCGUCGCCCAGUACCUUGCCAUGGGCUGUCAAUCAAAAGACAACAACAAAAGUGAAAGUAUUGCUCCGGACGACAAGGGGAAAGACGAUGCGAGAGGGACUCCAGGAUGCGGGCCCAGGUCUAGAGUUUCCACUCCAGGACGUCCUCAAAGGUUCCACAAGCCGAUUCAGGUCCAGGCCCCCAUGGGGAAACCUACGGUGUCAGUGGGCCAUCUCGCCAAGGGGGCCAGCUGGGAGGAGCUCAUCCAGGCUUGUUUGCAGGCCUUUGAUUCAGACGGUAACGUAUGCGAGCGCAGCCACUUGUUGAAUAUCACCCUGACCAUGCACCGCCUCCUCAUCUCCUCCAGUGAUCUGCUGGAUAAGAUAAUCUUUACAUUUAAAAGUGCCAUGGAUAAUGAGCAGCCAGUCGAGUGGCAGAGAAUAUGCUACCUCAUCAGGCAUUGGAUUCAGGAAUUCUGGAUGAUGUUCAGGUUGCACCACAGCUUGUCAGACAGCUUGGACCAACUCCGAGAGCUGAUCAGGGAGCAGGGACAGGAGCAUCUCUGCUCUCUCCUUGAAACAAAAUGGAUAAACGAGCGAGAGUGGUCCUGGAAGGCCAGCCAGAAGAUCAAAGCCAACAGCAGUAAAAAGAGGAAGGUAUCACUUCUCUUUGACCACCUGGAGCCCAUCGAGCUGGCCGAGCAUCUCACCUUCCUGGAGUUUAAAUCAUUUUGCAGGAUUUCCUUCAUAGACUACCAAAAUUACAUCCGGAGCUGCUGCAUGAAGGACAUCCCCGUGAUGGAGCGUUCCAUCGCCCUGUGCAACGGGGUCUCCCAGUGGGUUCAGCUGAUGGUGCUCAGCAGGCCAACGGCUCAGCUUCGAGCAGAGGUUUUCACAAAGUUCAUCCACGUGGCAAAGGGUUUACACCUCAUGCACAACUACAACACGCUAAUGGCAGUGGUGGGAGGGCUUUGUCACAGCUCCAUAUCCAGACUGAAGGACACCACCUCCCAUGUACCCACUGAGGUCAUCAAGGUGUUAAAUGAAAUGACAGAUCUGCUCUCCUCAUGCAGAAACUUUGAUAACUACAGACAAGCAUACAACAAGUGUACAGGAUUUAAAAUCCCUAUCCUGGGCGUGCACCUUAAAGACCUCAUUUCAGUGAAUGAGGCCAUGCCGGACUAUGUGGAAGACAAUAAAGUGAACGUGCAGAAGCUGCAAGCCCUCUACAGCCAUAUCAAUGAGUUGAUACAGCUACAGCAGAUCCCUCCAAAGCUGGACGCCAACAAGGACCUGGUCCACCUCCUGACGCUGUCCUUGGACCUUUACUACACAGAGGAUGAAAUCUACGAACUGUCUUAUGCCCGGGAACCCAAGAACUGUAAAGCCCCUCCAGCAACCCCAUCUAGACCUCCAGUGAUUGUCGACUGGGUAUCGGGAUUGGCUCCUAAACCUGAUCCUCGAACCAUUAGCAAACAUGUGCAGAGAAUGGUGGACUCGGUGUUUAAGAACUACGAUCACGAUGAGAACGGCUUCAUUUCUCAAGAGGACUUUGAGAAAAUUGCCGCCAGCUUCCCCUUUUCUUUCUGUGUCAUGGACAAAGACAAAGAAGGACUUGUCAACAGAGAUGAGAUCACAGCUUAUUUCAUGCGAGCCAGUGUCAUCUGCUCCAAACUUGGCCUGGGCUUUAUUCAUAACUUUCAGGAAACCACUUACAUGAAGCCCACUUUUUGCGACAACUGCUCUGGAUUUCUGUGGGGUGUCAUCAAGCAAGGCUACAGAUGCAAAGACUGCGGGAUGAACUGCCACAAGUUGUGUAAGGACCAGGUGGCCUUUGAGUGCAAGAAGAACAGCAUAGUGAACAACAACAACACCAUCGACAGUCCCACGCCCGGCUCCACGCCAGUUACCGUGGGAACCUCGGAGGGUUCAGAUGACUGUCCUUUCCAGUACCCACCUGAUGACAGCAAAGACUGGAGUCCAGAAUCUCCAGUCACCUCUCAUUUGAGGCUAAACCAGGUCCACAGCGCCACUCAGACCGAGGGUCCGCCGCCGUCCCCCGAUGCACCUCUCCCUCAUCCCUCUCUGCUGGUCCUGACGGCGUCCGCCCUCACGGCGACCUGUCCCAACCCGCUACCCCAGAGGAAACAGCGCCACUGUGCCAAGUGGGAGAACCGAAUUUCUGUCGUGCACAAGUCACGAGAGCCAGAUGAAGACAACAAAGCCACCACGGAAGCCCUACAGUCAGAGAACGACAGGCUCCAAAAAGCCAACGAGACACUACACAGAAAGUUGAAAGAGGCAGAGCAGGAAGUGGAUAUGUUAAAGACGAUGCUGAAGAGGCACGCACUCCAUCCUGUGGAGGAGAACGAAUCCUAUUAGACACAUCAAGUACAUACAGUAUCGUCAGACCAGCACUUAAACAAGUAACAUGGAGAAUAAUUCACAUGGCCAGUCAGGUUGUUUUGAAAACCAACCAGGGUAUUGUUGUAUUUCGUUUUUAGAUGAAAUAUCACGACAAAAUGCAGUUGUUAAUUUCUCAGUACAUGCCAGAAAUGCCUACAAACAAUUCAACCUUCAAGAAGUAAUUUUACAUAAUAUAUCAAGUUUAAUGAAGCAGUGAAACCUCCAUCGUUGAACGCAAGCGGCAAUGUGAGGCUGGCUGAUUUCCAAGUUGUUGGACUUUCCUAUAGGGAAUACUGUGAUUAAAGUGUAAUGGAGGUUUGCCCCCGUCAAGUCCUUAAUUAACUCUACGGGUGAUGUUUUAAGUACCGUAAUAUUCUAACUGAUUCUAACUGUUAUAGAAGUAGAAGGAGAAGUUAACCACAGUCAAAUAAAACUGAAAUACUGCAAAGAAAAAACUACUUUCUCUUUUGCAGACGCUAGACAGACAGUAAUAGAGAGUCUAUUACUCUUUUUAUGCUUUUUAUACAAAAGUCUCUUCUUUUUAAGAAAGUGCACCCAUAACUGAAUUAAGAUGCUCUAAAACCAAUAAUGGAAUUUUGUGACGUGAGUGGCUGUUUUAAAUGCUGCUAGAAAUUGCAUGAACACCUCAAGUGUUGUGUAUUUCUUGCAGAUGAAUGUCAAAAUGUUAUUUUCCAAGUAAAAGACAAAUCCAACGUGUGAUGUGACAUUACAAAUGUUUCACUGUUCCUACGGCAGGGACUUUAGCCCGAAAUUGCAUGCAAGUCUGAAUGUGCUGUCGUCACUAACCUAGGCUAAUGCAAAACAAAGUCUUUUUUAAAAUUUUAUUUUAUUUAAUUUUCUUUGUUUUUUUUUAAUGAAAACCGCAUCAACAUCGUAGAUAUAAAACAAUCCAAUGAAAAACAUUAAAUAUGGUACAAACUGAGCGUUUCUUCUUGUACCACGUGAAGAAGUCUUAUGCUGGUUGUAUCCUUAAAGUGUUGUAUGCCAUUCAACUUUGGAGGUUCCGCUGCAGAUUUUUUUUUUGAAUGGGGCGGGGGAUAUCAUAUCUAAUUAUAUACAUCAAAGUCACACACUGUAAAUUGAGAAGAGAAAAAUUGAGUCAAAAACGAGACAUUUAUCUUCAGAUUUUUAGAAUCACAUGCCUAUGGAGUAUGUCCAGAGUGAUAGUGUGAAGUACAGGUGUCAAACUCCUGUCUUAGAUCUUUCCCUCCUCCCACAGACCUGAUUCAAAUGAUCAGUUCAUCGGCAAGCUCUGCCGGAGCUGGAUAACGCUCCUGAUUAUUUGAAUCGGGUGUGUUGGAGGAGGGAAACAAAAACAUGCAGAAUAGUGGCUCCGAAGAACUGGAGUUUGACACCUGUGGUGGAAAAUACAUUGGGUAAUAAUUGCAGUACGAUGGCCCCAACUUGUAGUGCAUCUUUUUAUUGUGUGAAACACUACAUGGUUCAUAAAGGAGUUAGACAUUUUUUGUACUUUGGUACUUAUUGUUAGAUGUAUUUUUUGCUUAUCUGCGCAUGGCAUAUCAUUACUUUUGUCUUAUAUUUGUAUGGUCAGUAUUGUAAAUGGAAAUUGUGGUGUAUUUUUGAAUUUACGGUGCCACAACGAUAGUUAAGUUACCUCCUUGCUUGUCUUUCAUGUCAGUAUUGUAAGCUUUUUGUUUAAAAAAAUGCUGUGCAUUCAGUGUAAAAAUUACUUGCGUUACUUCAUUUCGUCAGCGGGGGGCACUAAAGUCUCACAAAAUCCCAGGCUGUAUCCAUCACCUCAGUUGCUUUUGAACAAACCAUGUCAAUUUGACAACAUUUUGUAAAACAGUUACCGAAAAUGGGAGCUUAUUUUAAUCUUCAUACAGCGCCAGAUUUCCAAUUGAUGGACCUUUUUGUCUUUUGGUAUCGUGAUGGAGUCAAAGUAUAUAUUCCUUCCGCAGAUAUUCAUCAUAUAAACCACCGAAAGUGCUGAUUGAGAGUCAUUGAGUGUUCUUGGGUGGGGUUUGAUUGAGAGGACGGGGUUUCCACGGUUGAGGAGGGGCUUGUCUUUUAAAAAACAUUUUUAAAAGGCUGUUCCACCUUGUUGUCGAUGACAAUUUAGUCAACACAUUGACAAAUCAAUCAGUUGAAAAUCAAUAUACGACCCACAACCGAGACAUACCAUUAUGGUUUAGCCUGAAGGACACAUGUCGGCUAAAAGAAACGCUGCAUUAUACAACAGCUGACAGUCUGCCUAAUUACGGAGACAGACAAAGGAUUUAGCAACCAGAUUUCAGUGUUCCAAUUGUGGAACAAUUUGGAGUCAGACAAAGUAUUUUCUGCAGCAAAUAUGCUUUGAAAGUCAAUUAAACUUUAAUUUCAAUCAUCA